CUUGUGAACCUCAUGCGUAUGAGGUUCUCUUUUUAACAUAAUUGGGAAAACAAAUGUUAUAAAUUAAGCAUUUUUGCAGUUUUUGAUGAUUUAUUACGUCAGCAGUUCUGGGUAAAGCUGCUCAUUGAAGAUGAAGUGGCUUCUGUUCAUCAUUCUUGGUUGGUCUUUUGCAGAGGCAACAUGGGGCUGGACGUACCACUACUCAAACAACACAAUGACCUGGUAUAAGGCUAGAAAAUGGUGCCAGGAACAUUUCACAGACAUGGUGGUUAUCCAGAAUCAGACAGAGAACGACUACAUUGUUUCCAUAUUGCCGAACAGAACCAAUAGUCCAUAUUACUGGAUUGGACUCACAAAAGAACACAUAAAUGAAACCUGGAAGUGGGUUGGUAACAACAGCACGUGGGUCGGAGAACAUUCAUGGGCAGAAAAUGAGCCAAACAACAAUCACAUCACCGAGUUUUGUGUUGAGAUCUACAUCAAUAGUGGACAGAACCGAGGGAAGUGGAAUGAUGAGAAGUGUGCUAAAAACAAAUCCCCAGUGUGCUACAAAGCUCAGUGUAAUGAUUCAUCGUGUGUGAAAGGCAGCUGCUGGGAGACUUUAAACAGCACAGCCUGCCUGUGUAGUGACGGCUAUGAGGGAGACAAGUGCCAAACAGUUGUGGAUUGCCCCCCUCUGUCUCAGCCUGAAAACGGAGACCUAAAAUGCUCACAAGGAGGGUGGGAAUUCAACACGACCUGUAGCUUUAAAUGCGAUCCAGGAUUCGCCAUAAACGGCUCAUAUAUGGUGACCUGCAAGGCCAACAGGACCUGGAGUGAUCUACAGUCAGUUUGUUCUGCUGUGCAAUGCCCCCCUCUGCCUCAGCCUUCUAAUGGGAACUUCAGUUGCUCCAAAGAAGGUCAGAUAUUUAACUCAACCUGCCACUUCAAAUGCCAUCUGGGCUUCUUUAUGAUUGGCUCAUCAGCUGUGACCUGUGCAGCUAAUGGCCACUGGACUGGACCGAGGCCUGUUUGUACAAGCUAUAAACAGGCGCUGCUGGCUGUUGCUGGGUGUGGAGCCUUGUGUUCAUUCUUUUGCAUCUGUUUCUGCUGCAUAAGGCACAGAAAAAAGAAGAAACGUGCUCAAGACAGACUUGUCCUUCAUAGGGAGCCUGAAGAUGCAACAAGUCCACCCAGUGAUGUAAAUGGAGGAACAAGCGGAAACACACUCACACCCUAACAAAAUAUGCAGAUAAUUAUUAUAGAAUACAGAUUUUUAUAUUUAUUUAUCACCUGACCAAUUUAUUUACUAUCUGUCUGUUGUCAAGUACUCUAUAAAAAUAAAGGUUGCAUAUCACAUGUCUAAUAGAUUAAAAUUUUGUAUAAAAUGAUCUAAAUGUCUUAAAAUACCCAACUUAAAUAACAAUUGAAUGAUAAUGUUGUAUACUUUUGUAUCUUUUAAAAAAAAUAAAUGUAGUUAUAUGGA